AUGGCCAAGAUCGCUAUCGUCAUCUACUCCAUGUACGGCCACGUUGCCACUCUCGCCGAGGCCGAGAAGAAGGGUAUCGAGGCUGCCGGUGGACAGGUCGACCUCUACCAGGUUCCCGAGACUCUCCCCCAGGAGGUCCUGACCAAGAUGCACGCCGCUCCCAAGCGUGACUACACCAUCGCUACCGCUGAUGCCCUCCGCAACUACGACGGUAUCAUCUUCGGUAUCCCCACCCGUUACGGAAACUUCCCCGGCCAGUUCAAGUCCUUCAUCGACACCACUGGUUCCCUGUGGCAGGAGGGUGCUCUCUCCGGCAAGUACGUUGCUCUGUUCAUCUCCACUGGAACCAUGGGUGGAGGUCAGGAGUCGACUGCGAUCGCCGCCAUGAGCACCUUCGCCCACCACGGUCUCAUCUACGUUCCCCUCGGAUACAAGCACGCUUUCCCCAUCCUUGCCGAUCUCUCUGAGGUCCGCGGUGGUUCCCCUUGGGGUGCUGGUACCUUCGCUGGCGCCGACGGUUCCCGCUCUCCCUCCGCCAAGGAGCUCGAGCUCGCUGAGAUCCAGGGUAAGAUGUUCUACGAGACCGUCGCCAAGGCCUACGGAUCAGCUGACAACACUCCUGCCGCUGUUGAGGGCACCUCGGCACCAGCAAGGAACGGAGCUUCGGCAGUACGGAAGAAGGAGAGGAAGGAGAAGGAGGCGGGACCCUGCGGACUUCCAGGGAACUGUGUCGUUACGUAG